UGUUUCUCUGUAAUAAACACCAAAAGGGGAGGAGUUCCUCAUAUUUACUCCAGGCUGUGCUCAGUUAAGCAGCCAGAGAGGUCAAAAAGCAGUUCCCCAGAGAGGAACCAUCAGUUGAGAUGCUUCCAUUGACUGGAAAAACAAUAAUAUUUGAUAGCUUUCCUGAUCCUUCAGAUACCUGGGAAAUAAUUGAAACCAUUGGAAAAGGAACAUACGGAAAAGUUUUCAAGGUAUUAAAUAAGAAAAAUGGCAGCAAAGCAGCAGUCAAAAUUUUGGAUCCUGUUCACGAUAUUGAUGAAGAAAUUGAAGCUGAAUACAACAUUUUGAAAGCUCUCUCUGAUCAUCCCAAUGUAGUAAAAUUCUAUGGCAUGUACUAUAAGAAAGAUGUGAAAAAUGGAGAUCAGCUUUGGCUAGUUCUUGAGCUGUGCAAUGGUGGAUCUGUGACUGAUCUUGUGAAAGGAUUUCUGAAGAGAGGUGAAAGGAUGAAUGAACUUAUAAUUGCUUACAUUUUACGUGAAGCUCUGAUGGGACUUCAGCAUUUGCAUGAAAACAAAACUAUCCACCGAGAUAUUAAAGGAAAUAAUAUCCUCUUGACCACUGAUGGAGGAGUCAAGCUUGUGGAUUUUGGUGUGUCUGCUCAGCUGACCAGCACUCGUCUCCGUCGGAACACCUCCGUGGGCACCCCGUUCUGGAUGGCUCCUGAGGUGAUUGCCUGUGAGCAGCAGCUAGAUAGCUCCUAUGAUGCCAGAUGUGAUGCAUGGUCACUGGGUAUUACUGCAAUAGAGCUGGGAGAUGGAGAUCCACCCCUUGCUGAUUUGCACCCUAUGAGGGCACUCUUCAAAAUACCAAGGAAUCCUCCUCCAACGCUACAGCAGCCUGAACUGUGGUCACCUGAAUUCAAUGACUUCAUUAACAAGUGCUUGACUAAAGAUUAUGAGAAGCGUCCGACAGUAUCUCGUCUUUUGCAGCAUGAUUUUAUUAAGCAAAUUGAAGGAAAAGAAAACGUGCUACAAAGGCAGCUCAUGGAGUUUAUUGAUGUUCAUCAGCAAAUGGGAAUCACUGAAAAGGCAAGAUUUGAACGCAUUCAUACAAAGAAAGGGAACUACAGUAAGUCACUUGUUUCAAACCAGGAAGAGGUAGAUGAUUUAGCAACCUUGGAGGUACUGGAUGAGAAUACAGUAACGGAGCAGUUGCAGAAGAGUUAUGCCAAGGAUCAGAUCUAUACAUAUGUUGGGGACAUUCUCAUUGCUGUCAAUCCAUUUCGGAACAUAGAUAUUUAUUCUUCACAGCAUUCCAAACUCUAUAUUGGAGCCAAAAGGACUGCCAACCCUCCUCAUAUUUUUGCUGUUGCUGAUAUAGGUUAUCAGUCCAUGGUGACAUACAACUCUGAUCAGUGCAUCGUUAUUUCUGGAGAAAGUGGAGCUGGCAAGACACAAAGUGCCCAUCUGCUGGUUCAACAGCUCACUGUCCUGGGCAAGGCUAAUAACAGGACUCUACAGGAGAAGAUCCUCCAAGUGAAUAACCUUGUAGAAGCAUUUGGAAAUGCAGGCACUAUCAUCAAUGAUAACUCAAGCAGGUUUGGGAAAUACUUGGAAAUGAAAUUCACUUGUGGUGGCACUGUAGUAGGAGCUCAGAUUUCAGAGUAUCUGCUUGAAAAAUCCAGAGUUGUCCACCAGGCAGUAGGAGAGAAAAAUUUCCAUAUUUUUUAUUAUAUUUAUGCUGGUCUGGCAGAAAAGAAAAAACUGGCACAUUAUAAACUGCCAGAGUAUAGACCUCCCAGAUAUCUGCAAAACGAUCAUUUCAGAAUAGUGCAAGAUUUCAUGAACAAUAGCUUUUAUAAGUCUCAGUUUGAAUUAAUUGAACAGUGCUUCAAAGUCAUAGGUUUUACACUGGAGGAACUUGGAAGCGUGUACAGUAUCCUGGCUGCCAUUUUAAAUGUGGGUAACAUUGAAUUUUCUGCAGUGGUAUCUGAACACAUGAUUGACAAAAGCAACAUUUCCAACCCAGUAGCCCUUGAGAAUUGUGCAUCCUUGCUGUGUAUUCAGGCAGAUGAACUGCAAGAGGCCCUCACCUCUCACUGUGUAGUGACUCGAGGAGAGACAAUUAUUCGUCCCAACACUGUGGAAAAAGCCACUGAUGUCAGAGAUGCCAUGGCCAAAGCUCUGUACGGGCGCCUCUUCAGCUGGAUAGUCAAUCGCAUCAACACUUUACUCAAGCCUGACAAGCAUUUAAGUGGAAACGAUGAUGGUUUGAACAUUGGAAUUCUUGAUAUCUUUGGCUUUGAGAACUUCAAAAAAAAUUCUUUUGAGCAACUCUGUAUCAACAUUGCCAAUGAACAAAUUCAGUUCUACUUCAAUCAACAUGUCUUUGCCUGGGAACAGAAUGAAUACCUAUAUGAGGGUGUUGAUGCAAGAGUUAUAGAGUAUGAAGACAACAGGCCACUCUUAGAUAUGUUCCUGCAGAAACCAAUGGGUUUAUUGUCCCUGCUGGAUGAGGAAAGUCGAUUCCCACAAGCAACCGAUCAGACACUUGUAGAAAAAUUUGAAGAUAAUUUGAAGUCAAAAUAUUUUUGGAGACCCAAAAGAGUAGAUCUAACCUUUGGGAUUUAUCACUAUGCAGGAAAGGUUCUAUAUAAUGCAAGUGGAUUCCUAGCCAAAAACAGAGAUACUCUGCCAGCUGAUAUUGUGCUGCUACUGCGAUCAUCUGAAAACAAUCUGACACGACAGUUGGUAACCCACCCUCUCACAAAAACAGGUAACCUGGCACACACAAAAAGCAAAACUACAAUCAGUUACCAAAUGUGGACCCCCAAGAAAUCCAUCAGUCAUACAAAGAAUGAAGCAGGAGAUACUGGACAUCAUCCAAGAGAGACAACCAGCAUGAAGACACAGACAGUCGCUUCUUACUUUAGAUAUUCUCUGAUGGAUUUGCUAUCCAAAAUGGUUGUGGGGCAGCCUCAUUUCGUCAGGUGCAUCAAGCCCAACAACGACCGGCAGGCAAACAAGUUUGAUAAAGAAAAAGUGUUGGUUCAGCUGCGUUACACGGGAAUUCUGGAGACAGCAAGAAUCCGAAGACAGGGUUAUUCACACCGUAUACUCUUUGCUAACUUCAUAAAACGGUAUUACCUCAUCUGUUACAAAACAAAUGAUGAUCCUCCAGUCAGCCCGGAAACCUGUGCUGCCAUCUUGGAAAAAGCCCAUCUUGACAACUGGGUUCUUGGAAAAACUAAAGUAUUCCUCAAAUACUAUCAUGUGGAGCAGUUAAAUUUAAUGCGGAAGGAGACUGUUGACAUGAUUAUUUUGAUUCAAGCUUGUGUCAGAGGAUGGCUGGGUUCAAGGAGAUACAAAAAGAUAAAAGAACAAAGGGAACAAACAGCAAUAACAAUUCAGUCUCACUACAGGGGAUAUAAGGAGAGGAAGAACUUCAAAAGGAGAAGCAAAAAGGAAAAGGAUGAAGAUCUUCAGGACAAUGAGGAAAGCACAGCUGGAGUGAAGAGUGCUCUUCCUAAAACAGAAGAAAAAGCAGCCAUCGUUGUUCAGAGCCAUUACAGAGGCUACAGAGUCCAGCGUGAAAAAAUAGCAGAGGAAGAAUUAUCUGCUGUGGAAUUCCUCGAAGCACAACUGCAGCCAGCUCAGUAUGAUACACUGGAAGAAGCAGCCAACGAGGAGACUCAAGAUGAAGAUGAUGAUGUUGCUGGCAGCAAGUGCUCUGAGUGCAGUCACACAGGGGAUACACAGGAGCAACAGAAAACAACUAGUGAAGGAGAAGGAGCUUCUGUGAAGCAGAACCCUGUAGAAGAACAUGUUGGUGAAGGUGAAGAACAGCCCUCCUUGGAAGAGCUGUCCAGGAAAUCUCUGAAAAUCACAGCUGAACCUGGUCCCCAGCAAGAGCAAGAUAAUCAAGACACGCUCAGUGCAGAUGGGCAAAAUCAAGAAUCUGCCAUGGGCCAGCCCAGGACUGACAGAGAUGUGGAAGGAAACCACCUGAAACAUAAAGCAGCGAUGCCUACAGGAUGCAAAGGAAUUGAAAGAAAAGAGUCACUAAGAGGCUCGUGGAAGCAGAUUGAGGCAGAAAAACAAGGUUCAGAAGACAAAGAGAAGGCAGCAGUGAUUAUUCAGAGCAGUUACCGGGAUUACAAAAGGAGGGGACAACUCAGAAAAGAAGGGAAACUACCUUGCAAAAGUGAAGAGAAAACUGUAAAGGAGACAACAGAAGCAGCAGAGCUUCAAAAUAAUGAUCCCAAAAAAGCAAAAGAUAGGGAAAGCACCAGUACUGAUGCUGAAGACUCUAAGACACUGAAGGGAGACUCAGAGAAAGAGGCUUGUGAUUUGGCAGCCUUUUCACGGCAGAUAUCAAAAUUAUCUGAAGAUUACUUAGCAUUGCAGCAAAAAUUGAAUGAAAUGAUAUUGUCACAUCAGCUGAGACCCAUGACAAUCUCCAAAGAUAAGCAAGCUAAUGGCCAACUUUCUUCUCAUGUUUGUCAGUCAGUUGCAGCCAAAGUAGAAGAAUCUCGCCCAAAGCAGAGACCUCCAAGGAGGCCACGGAAGCCUAAAACAUUAAAUAAUCCAGAAGACUCCACCUACUACACUCUAAUACAUAAAUCAAUACAAGAUGAAAAACGGAGACCAAGAAAAGAAAGUUUGAACAAAGUGUUAGAUUUAGAUAUCUACUACCGUGAAAUUUCAUCUACCGAUUCCACUUCAAAGGACAGCAGUUCUACCACAAGAAAGAAGAGACACCCAGUUGAGCGCAGGACUACAAUUUUAAGAGCUUCCGAGCGGCCCAGGAUUGCAGAAAAGCCCCUGGAAGAGAGUAAAACUGAAGAUAAUCCCUAUGACUACAGACGACUGCUGCGGAAGACCUCACAGCGCCGGCGCCUUAUCCAGCAGUUCUAG